AUGUUAAAUUUCCAACCGUCUCUAUACUUUCGUCUAGACGAAUCAUUAUGUCUCCCAUUCAUUCUCUCCUCAUCUCUACCUUGUUUUUUCUUUAUUUCUUUUUCUUUAUUUCUUUUUCUUUAUUUCUUUUUUUCUUUCUUCUUCUUUUCUUCUUUUCUUCUUUCUUCUCCUUUUCUUCUUUCUUCUUCUUUUCUUCUUUCUUCUUCUUUCUUCUUUUUUUCUUCUUCUUUUUUUUCUUUCUUCUUAUUUUUUUUCUUAUUUUUUCUUUCUUUUUUUUCUUUCUUUUUUCUUUUUUUCUUUCUUUUUUCUUUUUUUUCUUUUUUUUUUUUUUUUUUUCUUUUUUUUUUUUCUUCUUCUUUUUUUGUUCUUUUUUUUCGUUCUUCUUUUCUUUUUUUCUUCUUUUCUUUUUUCUUUUCUUUUUUUCUUCUUUCUUCUUUCUUCUUCUUUCUUCUUCUUUUCUUCUUUCUUCUUCUUUUCUUUUCUUCUUCUUUUCUUCUUCUUUUCUUCUUUCUUCUUUUCUUCUUUCCUUUCUUCUUUUCUUCUUCUUUUCUUCUUCUUUUCUUCUUUCUUCUUUUCUUCUUUCUUUUCUUCUUCUUUCUUCUUUUCUUCUUCUUUCUUCUUUUCUUCUUCUUUCUUCUUUUCUUCUUCUUUCUUCUUUUCUUCUUCUUUCUUCUUUUCUUCUUCUUUCUUCUUUUCUUCUUCUUUCUUUUUUUUUCUUUCUUUUUUCUUUUUUUUCUUUUCUCUUUUAUCCCUUUUCAGAUCCCUUUCCCCUUUCUUUCUUUUUCCGGUCUCCUUGAAAUUUUUAAAAACCACGUUCUCCUUUUUCUUUUUAUUUCACUCUGCGAUUCAUGCUUUAAUCUUUUCUUCCCUUUGCUUAUAUUUAUCUUAACCAGUAAACCUCUCACAGUGAUCGGCAUUAGACGACAGCUCCCUUCACGCGCACGCGUCUCUGUAUUUCAUCUCCGAGCGUGCAUUUGUUAUUCUAUCCGCGCGUGCUUCUAUCUGUCUCUAAAAAUUGCUCAGUUUUCUUUUAUCUACCGCAUUUCUGUAAACAUAGCCAUUUAUUUUUCUCAGUUUUCUCAUUUAAUCACUGGGAUUGCAUCGUUCAUUUUUGUUCGAUAUUUUCUUUUUCUUGUUUCUCUCGAUUACUUUCCUUUCUUCUGUCACGUUGUUAGAAUGUCGAAAAUUUCAUUUUAA